UUGAAGAGGUCUGGCGCGUUUUCCGUCAACUUCCAUCAAUUAUCAGUUAGUUUGUAUGUUCUGAGAAGCAGUAGAUCAUCGACCAUGAGUGCCUUAAAUCCGUCCUACGAAGCAUCAACUAGUACAUCAAAGAAAAGUUGUGUGAAUAAUCCUAUGAGAUUCUCCAUUAACAAGGAUAUCAUAAAAAAAUCUGAAAAUCAAGAUGUGAACUCAAUUCAACGUAUUGUCGCAUAUGAUCACUUAGAAUUUGAAGCUAGUGUUGUUGAACAAGUUAAUAAUACGUUUAAAAGAAAUCAUAGUCUUCAGAUCAGUGCAGCAAAGGAAAGGCUUUCUGCCAUAGAUGACGAUAUAGUAUCUGCUCAAAAUGAACUGGAGGAAAUGGAGCGAUCACUUGAUACCUUGCUCAGUGAAUUAUCUACUGAAGUGUCAAGUAACAGUUUGGGAAACAGGAAAAUACGUUCUUUAGAAUUAGAAAUAGAGACAAAGAUGAAACUUAUUGACACUUUAACAUCUAGGAAGACUGCUUUGAUGACUAAGUUGUCUUCUUUAGAGAAGGCAAGUUUCAUCUCAGAUGACGACACUUCAAGACCAAAUAAAGACUUUCAAGGUGUCAGUAUUGUGAAACCACAGUUUGCAGAUAAUUCUAAUUCUCCCAUAAAACAUCUCAAUACUAAAGCAAGACGUUAUGAAAACAAUGCUGAAGAACUAAAAAAACUGUCUAAAUGUAAACACAGUGAUGAUGCUGAUAUAAAUGUGUUUCAGGAACGUCUGAGACGUCAAAGACGUAGUGAGUUAUUAGAGAAACAAUUAGCUAAAGAACAUGAGGUACAUUCUAGUAACCCUUCUGAUGGGAGACUAGAUGGUGGAUUUUGUGUUCCGGGUUCUAUUUGGUGUCGAUUAUUUGAUUAUCAACGAAAAGGUGUCAGUUGGUUGUGGGAUCUUCAUCAGAAAGGAUGUGGCGGUAUUGUUGGAGAUGAAAUGGGACUUGGAAAAACCAUACAGGUUAUUGCCUUAUUGGCUGGACUGGAUUAUUCGAAACUAGAAGAUCAGUCGUAUCGUUUAUAUCUAUCUAGUCGUAAUACAUCCUCUGAAUGUCAGCAAGAAUUUUUAGGAUUAGGUCCAACCUUGAUCGUUUGUCCUGCUACAGUAUUAAAUCAGUGGAUGUCAGAAUUCCAUUCGUGGUGGCCUCCUAUUCGUGUGGCUAUAUUGCAUUCAACUGGAUCGGGUUAUGGAAAACCAAAUAAACUUGUACAAACGAUAACUAACAAUCCAGGAAGUGUUCUUCUAACCACUUAUUCAACCUUAGUAACGUAUCGUGAUAUACUGACAUCUCGAAAUUGGUCUUAUAUCAUAUUGGAUGAAGGGCAUAAAAUAAAAAAUCCAGAAGCUGAGGCCACAUUAGCUGUUAAACAUUUUUCAACUCCCCAUCGAUUAAUUCUUUCUGGUAGUCCGAUUCAAAAUAAUCUACGUGAAUUAUGGUCACUCUUUGAUUUUGUGUGUCCCGGACGAUUAGGACCAUUGUCAGAAUUUAUGCAACAAUUUUCUAUACCAAUUACUCAAGGAGGUUAUGCUACCGCUUCACCACUUCAGGUUGAAACCGCUUAUCAAUGUGCAUGUACCUUACGAGAUCUUUUAAAACCAUAUCUCAUUCGAAGACUUAAGGCUGAUGCACAAAUUCAAUUGCCAGCUAAAUCAGAACAAGUUUUAUUUUGUCGACUAACUGAUUAUCAACGAAAACUUUAUCGAGAAUACUUGGAGUCUCAAGUGUGUAAAGAUCUACUGAAUGGAAAAGGCAAUAUUUUUCCUUCUCUAAUACUGUUAAGAAAUUUAUGCAAUCAUCCAGAUUUAGCUACAGGUGGUCCAAGAGAUAGUUGUUUUUUAAAUGAAGAAUUUGAAUCUGAUAAACAAGGUAUUGAAGAUGUAUGCUUAUCUUAUUCAUGGUCACGAUUUGGAUGCCCACGAAGAUCUAGUAAAAUGUUAGUUGUUGCUUCACUUCUUAAAAAUUGGUAUGAUCAAGGACAUAAAGUUUUAUUGUUUUCACAAAGUCGUCGGAUGCUUACACUACUAGAACGUUUAGUACAACUGAUGAAGUUUUCUUAUCUUAGAAUGGAUGGAACUACUCCUAUUAACCAACGUCAUGAACUUAUUCGGCGUUUUAAUUAUCGUUCAUCAUCAGAUAGUGAGAAAAUAGACAGGACAUCAGAUUAUUUGGAUAUAUUUGUAUUCUUGUUAACUACACGUGUUGGUGGUUUAGGUGUGAAUUUAACUUCAGCUAAUAGAGUACUUAUCUAUGAUCCAGACUGGAAUCCUACUACUGAUUUACAAGCUCGUGAAAGAGCAUGGCGUAUUGGACAAUCACGUGAUGUUGUUAUUUAUCGUUUGUUGACUAGUGGUACUAUUGAAGAAAAAAUAUAUCAUAGACAAAUAUUCAAACAAUUUCUUACUAAUCGAAUUCUUAAAAAUCCACGUCAACAGCGUUUCUUCAAAACAAACGAUCUUCAAGAAUUAUUAAAUUUUAACGAUGAAUCGUAUGUACAAAUGCCAGAAACGGCUUUAUAUUUACAAUCGGAAGGCAUGGGACAUACACUAACUAAUUCGUUUACCGAGAACCGAUUUGAUAAACUUGCUAAAAAACUGAAAGAUAAUCCAUUGCAAAGCAAAUCAUCACAUUUACAUGCGGAGAUUAGUAGUGACAGUGAUGUUGAAGAUGAUGAUGAUGAUGAUAAUGAGAAGGUAGAUUAUGAUACUGGAAAAGAAAAACAAUUGAAAGCUUCUGUAAGUAACAAUUUUACAAACACUUCAUUGAAUCCUGAUGCAAAAGAUAAACGUACAGAAGAGCUUCGUCAACUUGUUAAGGAAAUAAGCCGUCGUAUAGGAGAAGGGUGUUUAAAGGAGGACAAUCCAGUAAAAUUAGUUACUAAACAAUCUAAAGAAAUACCUUCGAAUAAAAAUACUGUAAGUCGUAAACGUAAAUCUGAUACUAAAGGAACACGGGUGGAUGGAAAACGAAUCAAGUUAGUAGCAAAACGGUGUAAGUAUGAUGUUGGUGAAGGCAUGGAUAUCUCUAUAUCUCGAAAUCAACUUGCUGAACCACUCAAAGGCAAAAGCAGUAAUGUUGAAGAUGAUAAUUUCAUCCAAAAUGUCUUAUUCAGUGCUUGUUCAAGUAGAAAUUAUUCAUCUAACGAUAAACAAAACUACUCUACGCUUACUUCCUUUAAAGAGAAACGAUCAAAGAUAGAUCAAGAUAUUCGUGAUGAAGCAAGUCGAGUUGCAAACGAAGCUUUGAAAAAUAUUCAGAAAUAUCACAUAUCUCAUAAAACAGAAUGUAGAGAGUUAUCUCAACGAAAUAAAGAUAAUACCGUAAAGGCAAGACAUAGAAAAUCUUUGAAAACUAAACAUACGAAUCAUCACAAUUCUCGUUCACCGUCUCAUAGAUCAUCGAUUUCUAUUAGCAGUACACCGAUACUUCCUCAAAUAACUCAAAUUAUACAGCAUGAUAAAUUUCUCGAUGAAAUGACUAAUCCGAAUCAUGUUGAUGUUUCGUUUGAUCAACUGGCUGCAAAUCGAUUAGCAAACAAAGCUAUUAUUGCUUUAGAAGAAGAAGUCAAGCGUUGGCAGCAAUCUAAUUUCAGGUCUUUUUCUCAAACUACAGAAAUGAUUCAACAUAGAGUAGUACUUUAUCCUUUUGGUCAGGCUAAAAAUCGUUUCCUUUGGAAUCGAAAUGAAUCGACUAGUCGUGGUUAUAUUCAACUUUUACAAGUAUCAAAUAACUUUGAAGGUUCAACUAAGAAAGCUUAUUGUGAAAAUUCAGCUAAUUUACAUGUUAGAUUCAGUUCAGAAUUACUUUUAAGUCUCAUACGUUCGCGUAAAAUCGUUCGACAUAAUCAUUUACACAGUUCAUCUAAUUCAGAAUCAGCUGAUGCUAUGUUAUAUCAUUCAAUGCAGCGUCUUUGUGCUGAACUUAUUCGAACACUUAGUAGUUCGAACAAUGUGACAAGUGAAUAUUUGUCAAUACAUUUUAAAGCUCUUUUGAACGAAAAUAAUGACUCUGCUACGUCAAAUAUUCACAAUAACGCAAAUACUGUACAUAGAAGUAUCACAUCUCAACAUUUUCGCUCUUUGCUCAAACAACUUGCUAUAAGACAUCGUGCAAAACGUAAUAAAUCUCAAUCAGAUUUCCCUUCGCGUGGUCGCUUAGAUGAUGUAUGGACUUUGCGUGAUAAAUUUCAGUCUAUUGCAAGUUAUCUUUUAAUAAAUUUGGCAGCUGCGGAAAGAUUAGAUGAAGCAACAAUGUGAUACAUUGACAAGAAGUUCUCAUUACCACCUCAUACUUUUGUCUAGUCUAUUUUAAUGCAGAAUCUAAUCUGCACAUUUCAGACCUUUAUUUUUGAAAUACAGAAUUAAUAAAAAUAUGCCUUACUCUUACUGCAGUGUGGAUAUUAAAAAUUGCGGAUGAGUUUUCUGUCUGUCAAAGCAGAAAAACGAUAGUCAAAAUUGAAUAUUUUAUGGUGCAUUGUAGGACUUUCCCAGAAAAUAUCGGUAUUCCGAUCCAAUCGCAUAUCCAAGUGACCAGACGGAGGCCAAACCAGAAUAUAGCAUCAAUCAACGAAGACAUUGAUCAUUGGUCUGUCCUUUAGGUGUGUGCAGACAACCUGGUUGAAAUCCGCG